GGCUUUAAUUUAGUGUGUCAAUAUUAUUUUCAUGAGAAAAACUUAUACAAUUUUCAGACCGCAUUUGUCUCGCUCAAAAAACUAGAAAUAGCAUAUGUCGAUAAUGUUAUACUUUACUUUUAAAAUGUAAGUUUAUUCGGCUAUAUCGUGUUAUGAUGUCGUGUCACGCCUCUUAUCUCUUGGAUAGAAAAUUGAAAGGGUGCCUAUAACAUUCAACUGUGGUGCACUGAAAGCGCUUGCAAUUUGUGGGUCUGAGUCCUCAGCUGUUGUACCUUUCAAAUUUUCAAAUUGAAGAUAUUGUUGUCUUGCAAAAAAGGAGAACUUGACAUUCAUGGUACAUCAGUUCGACAUAUUUUACUGUUGUUUGAGGUUGAUUUGACACAAUUGAGAUUUGGUAUUGUUAUAAAUGGAACUUGACCUUCUGGUUCAUUCACAAGUUUUUAAGUUUUAGCCAUGACUGCAUUCAAUCAUUUGGCCAUUGUUAAGUUCAAGGAGGAAGUAAUAGUGGAAGAUCUCUUAAAAGGGUUGGAGAAGCUUGCAUCAGAAAUGGACAUUGUCAAGUCCUUUGUAUGGGGACAGGACAUUGAAAGUGAUGAUAUGCUUAGACAAGGAUUUACUCAUGCUUUCUUGAUGACAUUCAGCAGCAAAGAAGACUUUAUAGCUUUUGCCACCCAUCCAAACCAUGUUGAGUACUCUUCUACAUUCUCAACUGCAAUUGAGAAGGCUGUGAUUCUUGAUUUCCCUGUUAUCGCCGUCAAGGUUCCCACUUGAUCGAUGGACCAACAAGAUGAUAUUUUGCCUAUAUUAUCCAGAAUGUAUUAAUAUCACUAAGGUGUUCUUGCAGCACCAAUGUUGUGUUGAGGUGGUCUAAUGAGUUUGACUCUCUGCAUUUCCUUAUGUACUGCUGAAUGCUGAUUUGUGGAAAGUUGUCAUUUCAGAGUUCCCUUGUAUCUCAGAAUAAGAAGAUUUGCUUUUUUUCCAAUGAAUGAAACUAUGAAAUUAUUAUGCUAAAUUUGUAGAAUGUCCAUUCAGAUUGACUUUUUUGUGUUCCUACUAAACUAGCAUUAUAUUCAAAAGAAUGAUAGGUCC